GCCGGCGGCGCCGACGUCGCAGCAUCAGUUCGCUGUCGUCUGCUCCCGAGGAACACAGCACAUCACCUCUGACGCCAUGAAGACUCUUCUGGUCGCUGUAGCGCUGUUGGCCAUGGCCCAGUGCAUGCCUGAGCCAGAGCCCGAGGCAAAGGCAGCCCCCGGCUUCCUGAGCGGCGGUUACGGAGGCGGCUUCGGCGGCGGCUACGGAGGCGGCUACGGAGGCGGCUACGGAGGCGGACUGGGAGGCGGACUGGGAGGCGUUGGCCUCGCCGCCGCUCCCGCUAUCGGCAUCGCUGCUGCCCCCGCUGUUGGCAUCGCCGCCGCCCCCGCAACCUUGGUGCGCACCCGAGUGGUGCCUGGACCGGCUCGCCUGGUGCAGCCGCCCCCAGUGGUGCAGAGGCAGGUGAUCCAGCCUCCCCCCAUCGUGCAGACCCGCCUGAUCCAGCCCCCUGCCCAGCUCGUUCAGGGACCACCUCAGGUCAUCCACGAGCAGACUCCAGCGGUGAUCAAGACUGCUGUGCCUGCAAUCGCUGCUGCCCCAGCUAUCGGCUUCGGCUACAAAUCUCUGCUUCACUAAGCUCCAGGUCGCCAGCAUCUGGUUCCGCCAGAAGCAGCCUGAUGCAAACAUCCAACGACGGCAAGAUGAACAUCUUGAUAUUCCUCUUACUCUUCGUUUCUAGAACAUCGCAUUAUCUUAAUUUAUUUCUUCCAAGUGAACAAAGACAUUGUACCAUCGCUCUAAAUUAUGCAAUAAAGCUUUGAGUGUCAGAAUACAA